GUCUUGCUAGAAUUGUUAUUCAGAGAAACCCUCAUAGUUAUUGAGCUUGUGCAGUAGAAAAGCGAGCACUGUGUACGUAAUAAAAGUUGUCAUUAGCCGGUUUUUCACAUUUUGAUCGAUUUCGAGCCAAUGAUGGAUUGCAACAGCAUUUUGCGCAAAUAUUCCCGAUAUUUACUUAUUGUUUUCAAUUUUCUGUUUGUGCUAACUGGAGUGGUAAUUUUAUCAGUCGGCGCCUCUGUGAAGGCCUACUACAAUGAAUACAACACUUUCCUCGACGAUAAAUACAUCUAUGCCUCCGACCUUCUAAUCAUAAUCGGCGUGAUUAUUUUCAUCAUUGCAUUUUUCGGAUGCUGUGGAGCGCUCAAGGAAAAUGCAUGCAUGACCCAAACUUUUUCGACCAUGCUCAUUGUUAUUUUCAUUCUUGAGCUGAUUGUGGGCAUCGGGGGCUUGGUCUUGCGCCACCAAACGGACGAAAUGAUCGACAAAGCCCUGACUAGCACUUUGCAAAGAUACAAUACUCCAAAUAACACUGAAAUCACCAAGCUGUGGGAUACUGUUCAAGAGAAUUUCGAUUGUUGCGGAGUUAAAAAGUACACUGAUUGGGAGAAUGUCACUUCGACCCAUGGACAACUCCCGUUGACUUGCUGCAACUUCCCUCCCGGGAGUUUCGGGAACGCGACUUGCAGUGGGACGAGUCAGGGAAUUCACAAAGAGGGCUGUUUGGAAGUUUUCAGUGAUUAUAUUGAAGGGCAUGCCACUACGGUUGAAAGUGUUGGACUGACUUUUGCCAUCAUACAGUUGCUUGGUAUCAUAUUGUCCUGUUACCUAGCCAAGCAGAUCCGAAGUGAUUACGAAACGGUUUAAUCCCUUCCUUGUAUUAAAUACAAGCAAUAAAGUUAGUUAACCCUGAAUAUUAAACUAUUGUUAUUUUUUCUCUGUAGAGAUAUCCUAUUGUAAUAAUCAUUAAUUUAAAUCGCACUUUCUGACUGUCGAGUGUAGAAUUUUUUUAAUAAAUGUUCAAACCUU